UGUGUCGUUGCAUGGCCGACCUGGAGACUCGCUCUCCGCAAGGUGAGACGCGCGGACCGAGAAGAGGAGGUCUCGAAGGAUCGGCAGGAAUUUUCGUGAAAGACCGACUCUUCCUCUUUCGCAUGUCCGUGAUCGCGCGCGCCUGUGUGCUCUUCUUGCCGUCUGUCUUUCUUCGUUUUUCGGUUUUUUCACUCUCCCUCUUAUUUUUUAUCUCGCUCUUGUUUUUCCGCGAUGACUCUAAUUUUUCUUCGCGUGUGAACGAAGGAAAUCGAGUGAGUGAUCCGUGUUUUCUGUCGCGAGAAAAUAUUCCUGUGACUCUCGACGUGUAAGAGACCCGCUUGGUCAGUGUCCCAGAUUGGUUGGUGGACAUUGACAGAUAUCGUCAAUCAGUGAGAAACAAAUUGCUCCCGCUUGGACACAGUUUCAAUCGCGUGGUGCUUUUAUACGCGGGAGAUUGCGAAGAGAGACGUGGUGAGACUUUCGAAAAAACAAAUCUCAACCGACAUCUUCGUGGCAGCGAUGUAAGAGCGCAAAAUGUGACGCCCGACACGUUCGACAGUGAUAAAGUGUGCUCACGCGUGCAGCUUCUCUUAUCGAGCGUUCGCGACUGAUCUCGGUUUCAUCUGCAGCGCGCGUGUUUGUCAGCAAGAGUCCGCUACGCUCAUAUGAAAUCAAAACGCCUGAUAACUGCGUUCGCUCGUUUCGAGUUUUGCGAGAUCAAUUGGACUUGCUGUCAGUAAACUUUUCGAACCGGUACGACUUUCGAGGAUAAACACAGUGCAUCGCGUUUUCUCAGUGACAUUAAGUCGGCCAUAAAAAUUCGAAUAGCUUCGGUGCACGUGAGUGUAAACAUAUAUAAAUCACCCAGACUCGAAAGACUCAUGACGAUAGUAAAAUUUAGUUGAAGUUUCUUUUCGAAUUUCUGUCAAAACAGUGCAAUCUCGCUGUUCGGAGGAUUUCGUUCAGGAUUUACGUACUUCGCGGAGUCACAUGGGAAUGUCGUCGCGUUUGAGAAGAUCGUGACAACUUCGAUGCCAGACAUGCGACAUGCGACCCGGUGAGGAAGGUAGAGCGAUGGCGGAAACGAUUCUUCGAAUUUUCUCCGAUCUUCUCCUCGUUCGUGACAGUCAACAGGACCACGAAGAGAGAAUCCACAUUCAGGUUACCUUAACAAGGCCUACGGGUUCGUGAAGGGCAUGAUAGCUCAUCAUGUUCAACCACCGACACGGGCCACCGGCGCUGUCGACCUGCAACUUUCUCGGCGUGACAUUUCUCAUACUGGUCGUCGUCGGUAGCCACGAUGUGUCAGCAGACUUCAAUUCCGAGUUUGUCAAAGGAAAAAUUUGUAUCGGUACCAAUGGCCGUCUCUCCUUGCCGUCUAACAAGGACCGUCACUACCGGAAUCUUCGAGACCGGUACACCAACUGUACUUACGUCGACGGUAACCUGGAGAUCACGUGGCUUAACGAAACCUUCGAUCUCAGCUUUCUCCAGCAUAUACGGGAGGUCACCGGCUAUAUCCUCAUCAGUCACGUGGACGUACGCAAGGUCGUCCUCCCGAGGCUACAGAUCAUCCGUGGCAGAACCCUUUUCAAGGUUAAUGUUCACGACCACGAAUUUGCCCUCUUCGUUACGAUGUGUAAGAUGUACAACCUCGAGCUGCCAGCUCUCAGAGAUAUACUCAAUGGGAGCGUGGCCAUGUACAACAACUACAACCUCUGUCAUAUCAAGACUAUCAAUUGGGACGAAAUAAUCACCAGUCCGGAAGGGCGAUAUUUUUACGUGUACAAACUUCCGUUUCCGGAACGCAAUUGUCAGCAGUGCGACGAGAGCUGCGAGCAGGGUUGUUGGGGCGAGGGUCCGGAGAAUUGUCAAAAGUUCUCCAAAACCAACUGCUCGCCCCAAUGUUGGCAAGGCAGAUGCUUCGGACCGAAUCCGCGCGAGUGUUGCCAUCUUUUCUGUGCCGGUGGAUGUACCGGUCCCAAACAGAGCGACUGUCUCGCCUGCAAGAACUUUUAUAACGAUGGCGUGUGCACCCAGGAAUGUCCGCCUAUGCAAAAAUACAAUCCAACAACAUACUCGUGGGAAGCCAAUCCCGAAGGGAAGUACGCUUACGGUGCCACUUGCGUGAGGAAGUGUCCGCAGCAUCUGUUGAAAGACAACGGCGCUUGUGUGAGAUCUUGUCCUCCGAGGAAAAAAGAGGUGAACGGCGAGUGCGUUCCUUGCGACGGUCUUUGUCCCAAAAAUUGCAAAAACACUGAUAUAAUUCACUCUGGUAACAUUGACUCGUUCAAGGACUGCACCGUCAUUGACGGCUCGAUCGUGAUUUUGGAACAAAGCUUUAACGGUUUUCAAAAUAUUUACGCUAAUUUCUCGUUCGGCAAGCGAUACGAAAAGAUGCAUCCUGACAAACUAGAGGUCUUUAAGUCACUGAAAGAGAUCACAGGCUUUCUGAACAUCCAAGCGUAUCACAAGGAUUUCAGAAAUCUUUCGUACUUUCGUAAUCUGGAAUUGAUCAAAGGAAGAACGCUUACGGAUAAUAGACUUGCAUCGUUGUACAUCGUCAAAACUUCUUUGGAGUCUUUUGAACUCAAAUCUCUGAAAACGAUUCAAUCCGGUUCGAUCAUCAUUGUGGAAAAUAAAAAUCUUUGUUACACGCAAAGCAUUAAUUGGACCAGAAUUCAGAAAUCAGUUGAACACAUAAAGGAAAAUAACUUGUCGAACAAUCGGGAUGAGAGCGAAUGCGUCAAGGAUGGCUUCGUAUGUGACGAACAAUGUUCGGAUGAAGGAUGUUGGGGAUCUGGACCAGCACAGUGUUUGUCUUGCAAGAACGUUAUUUUAGGCAACGACUGUCUCGAGAACUGUACAGCGCCAGGAAUUUAUCAGGCGGACAAUUACACCUGCAAGAUGUGUCACGAAGAGUGCGACGGCUCCUGCACCGGCCCUAAUGCCGAUCAAUGCUUCAAAUGCAAAAACAUUCAGGACGGGCCGUUCUGUGUGUCCAAGUGCCCGUCCUUGAAAUACAACGACAACGGCCAAUGCAAACACUGUCAUGAAAACUGCGCGGACGGGUGCGACGGGCCUGGGUACAACGUAGGCGCCAACGGAUGUCAUAGUUGCGAAAAGGCAAUAAUUAAUGAAAACGUACCAGAACGAUGUUUGUACAAGAACGAGCCAUGCCCGGACGGAUAUUAUUACGAAUGGGUGAACCCUCAGGAGCAAGGUGCUUUGAAGCCUCUUGCUGGAAAGGGUGUCUGUCGCAAAUGUCAUCCACGUUGUAAGAAAUGCACGGGAUACGGCUUUCACGAGCAGGUGUGUCUACAGUGCGCCAAGUACAAGAGAGGCGAGCAAUGCGAGGAUGAAUGUCCCGUUGAUCAUUUUGUGGAAUUUGGCACGCAGCUAUGUGUACCGUGUUUUCCGGAGUGCCGAGGAUGCUUUGGACAAUUUGCUAAUCAGUGCUACAAAUGUCGGAAUUACAAAAUUUACACUACGGACGAUUCUAUUAACAACAAUACAAUGUCUUUCAACUGCACGGAAAUCUGUCCUUCGGAAUACCCUCACAAAAUCUUUCCGCCGGACAGCGAACCGUAUUGUUCCAUGACAAAGGAUCUCGGCUAUCAAAUGGACAGCGAAGUUCAGAACGCUAUUUUGGCUGGUGUUGUGUGUGUCAUAGUGGUGAUUGUUGUAAUUGCUCUUGUGAUAAUGUAUCUGUGGCGACAGAGAAGAAAAGAAAAGGAGAACACUGUGAAGAUGACUAUGGCUUUGACAGGUUUGGACGAUAACGAACCGCUUCGACCAACAGGAGUGAAACCGAAUCUUGCAAAGUUACGAAUUAUUAAAGAAGAAGAGAUGAGAAAGGGAGGGAUACUGGGUUACGGUGCUUUUGGUAACGUGUUCAAAGGCGUUUGGGUGCCGGAAGGUGAAAACGUGAAAAUUCCGGUCGCUAUAAAGGUUCUUCACAACGAUACCGGUAUGAAUACGUCCAAAGAAUUCCUCGAUGAGGCUUACAUCAUGGCCAGUGUCGAGCAUCCGAAUUUGCUGCAGUUGCUCGCGGUGUGCAUGACGUCGCAAAUGAUGUUGGUGACCCAGCUGAUGCCCCUAGGCUGUCUGCUGGAAUUUGUACGCAGAUAUAAGGAUAAAAUAGGCUCGAAACCGUUAUUGAAUUGGUGCACGCAAAUAGCAAGAGGCAUGGCUUACCUGGAAGACAGGAGAUUGGUCCAUCGUGAUUUGGCAGCGCGAAACGUUCUUGUACAAACUCCGAAUUGCGUAAAGAUCACUGAUUUCGGACUCGCUAAAUUGUUAGAUGUCAACGAGGAACAGUAUAAGGCCGCGGGCGGAAAAAUGCCUAUUAAAUGGUUAGCACUGGAGUGCAUUCAGCAUCGAGUGUUCACUCACAAAUCGGAUGUGUGGGCAUUCGGAGUGACCAUUUGGGAAGUUCUUACUUAUGGCGGUAGACCGUACGAAAGUGUUUCUGCCCGCAAUGUGCCGGAGCUGUUGGAAAAAGGUGAAAGAUUGCCGCAACCUCCAAUUUGUACAAUUGAUGUGUACAUGAUUAUGAUCAAGUGUUGGAUGCUUGAUGCGGAAUCCAGACCUAGCUUCAAAGAGUUAGCGGAAGAUUUUGCGAAGAUGUCCAGAGAUCCUGGUCGGUAUCUUGCUAUCAAAGGGGACAAAUACAUGAGACUUCCUUCGUAUACAGUACAGGAUGAAAAAGAGAUGAUACGAAAUCUCGCAUCAGCGAUGGAUGGUCCCGAAGCUUUGAUGGAUGCUGACGAGUAUCUACAGCCAAAAUCGCGGGCUCCACUUCCGCCUGGAAUUUCCGCAUCAAGUACUUCUGGUUCCCCGCCGAAUACGCCGGUAAAAUCUUGCUGGCCGAACAACAAGCCACUGGCCGCUGAUUCUCCAACGCCGCAGAAUCAGCAAAACUGGGACAGAGAACUUUUGAGGUACGGCAACAAUCAGGGGAACGGAAACGCGUCGCACGAAGCCGAAAUGUCUUGCCAGCCCACGUCUUACGUACAUUCCAACGGCCAUUGCGGACACGCUGUGGCAAUCAGCGCAAAAAGAUACUGUUCGGAUCCGUUGAAGAUGGUCGGUAAAGAUUGUGACGUAACGGACGAUUGUUUUGACGCUAAAGUUAACUCCGCGCAUCAGCAGGCACAAGUAGGUGACUUGAAGCUGGAUCUGCCUUUGGACGAGGAUGACUAUCUUAUGCCGUCACCGCAGCUGCCAGCCAACACGACGCAGUACAUGGAUCUCAUCGGGGAAUCUAAACUUACAGAAUCCGAACCAAUGCGGUUAAACAAUGGUUUCCGAAAAUAUCCAGGUUACCUAACGAUACAAGGGAAGACAUCGUUAGAUAAUCCGGAGUACAUAAUGUCACAAGAUGACGGUCCACUCACGCCGCAGACAUUGGGUAUCCCAACACCAGAUUUGGAGAAGGUUCUGACAAACGGAAUAUUUGGGUCUCAAGUUAGGCAGCGAAGUUCCGAAGAGGAGUCGGAUCACGAGUACUAUAAUGAUUUCGACCGUUUGGAACGGGAAUUGCAACCACUGAAACCGUUCGGAAAGAACGAGACAACGGUGUGAUUUUAAAAAAUCACUUCCGAAGAUACGAAACAUGUUCCAUAAUCACAAAAAAAAAAAAGAUCGUUUGAUGGAAAUUUUUGUGUUAAUGGACGGGAAGACAAAUCGAACGACUUCGGAAGUGAGUGAACUAUAGAACUGAACUGUUAAAAUGUUGAAGUUGCUCGACUUCCGAGAAAAACCCGCUGUACUUAGAAAGGACACUUCGCUCAAGUGCCGCAUUUGAAUGUGAUUAGACGUAAAAUUAGAGACUUGUGCAUAUUGCGUGAUAUAAGUAAAACGAUUAAAAAAAGACUAUAACGGUAAUAGAAAUAAAGAUUGCGCGACGGCGAUAGUCGCACGACUAAGUAGUGCAAAGAUAUUCUUAAUGUGCCAUUUUUCAUGUGGCUUGUAAAUAAAACUACUUUCCGUACUAGCUUCUCGAGGGUGUAGAGGAAUACCUUGGGACUUAAUUUGCAGAGACAGCGUUCGAGAUCUCUGCUUGUAGUUUUUCUUUGGAACCGGUUUAAGAAAUUUCGAAGACCUCAUCGUUGCAAAAAAACAAGGUUAGGGUGUUCGUAGACUAUAAGGAUGUGUAAAAACGCGCAAGAUAAUGUUAAAUAAACGUAACUUCAUUGAGGUUUAACAAAACAAUUGUAAAUCUGCAAUAAUGACUGUGUUACCAAAAGGCGCGAAUUUUUUAUAAAAUUACUUGGUUUCAUGGCCUAAUCUGCUCAUGUGCUUCUUCCAUAUCUUAAUGAAGAUAUUGUGUGUGUCAUGAUAGAUGGUAUUUGUGAUGUCUUAAUCGAUGUCUAUCUUUCAAUAGAUUCGAUGGAAAAUGCGGAUCAACACAUUUGUUUCAUCGAUAUCAUAUUUAUUUGAUCGAUUUUUAUAUAAUUGGAAGAAAUAUCGAGAUAUUAUCAUACACAAACGUAAGUAACCGAUCGCAAUUGUAUACAAGACACUUGUCACAAUUAAGACUCUUGAGUAUUUGUUGUAACUGUUGAAUUAUUAAAAGUGAUAAAUUGUGUGAACUUUUGUCCAAUGCAAUCACAAAAUUUACAUCGAAACAAACUGAUAUUGGUGAGCUAUAAACAAAAAAUUCAGGAACCUUAAAAUUUGAAAUACCGCUUUAAUCGUUUGAGUGAAGCGUGAUCACUUAUUUUGUCUCGCGGUUAAAUAAUUAUCAACAAAUGCCGAGAUUGCUUCUUUCGUAUUAUUGUUCAACAUCAUUAGUUAGUCCAAUUAUUUAUUUAAAAAAAUCAUUGUAUAAUUGGUCUCUUGAUGUAUGAUGGACUUUAACAAUGUGCUUGUAAGUGAUGUUUAUUUGACACUUUUCGCGUAAAGUUUUGCGAUCACCUUUAUCACUCAAACGAAAUUAAGCAGUUUUCUUACUGAGUAUUAUCUGAAAUAUUUUAAAAGAUCAACUCAAUUUGUAUUUUUACAAGAUAUUGACUUGUUUUUAUUAUAUUAUGUUGCACGCAUAAAUUAUUCUCAUCUCUUUUUAAAUUAUAAAAUUUCUUUCAUCGCUCAAAUAUCGCAUAAUAAAUUACGCAAGCCGAAGCUCCUUACAAAGAGUCCACAAUCUUCUGGAAUCUAGUUCGGAGUUUUACAGGAUCGGCAUAUUUUCGAGUUGCAUACUUUGCCAUACAAACUAAUGUUGAAAGAUAUAAAGCCAAAUAUGAAACUACUUAAGAUCAAAUAGAAAAAUGAAGUGAAUUUCACAAUGUAAAAUCAAGUUUUACGAUUUAAAAGUUAUUUGUAAUUUUUACUUAUAUAUUUUAAUGUAUAUUUUAUAUGUAUAAAAUUUUUAUUUAUAUAUAACGGCGCCCGCAAAAUUUUAGUGCUUUAUGCCGACCCUCUAAAUUGUAAAAAUGUCAUAUUUUACUGCCGAGAAUAAAUUCGCCAAGCGUUGCAAUCUGAUCUGUUCGCAACGCGAGUGAACGAAAUUCUACUUAAGUUAUAAAGGAGCAAAAGAGAGACUCUUCUAAUGCCAUCAUUUGUUUUUCUUUGUAACAGGAUUCACCAGAGAGAUGAAUCCUGAAAAUUAUGAGGUAUUUCGAUUUUUAUAAUAUGAAGCGCGAUUUGUACAUAGUUUAUCGAGUAAUGUAAUAAAACUUCUUCGGGCGUAAAAAACAAAAAAAAAA